AUGAGGGAGAAAGUCAUGCCGCACUCUGAAUCGACUCCACUGUUGGUAGUCGCUGUCGCACCUCUGCGACAUCGAUAUCCGCACAGUUUACUACGUCGUACAUGUACAUUCUUCCUCAGUGGAUUCCUUCUUGCUGGUGUCAUACUCUUCUUGAUCCCUUCAAUUUGGUCCAUUCUCCCUUGGUCCCAUCCACUUCCUCAUUUAUCUUGGCCGGAAAGCUAUGGACUGCCUUAUGAUUCACUGCAGCAGCUCCUUCAGGAAACGCCAUCCGCUGCCAAGAUCAAGGAGUGGAGCUCAUACUAUACUGCAGGACCCCACCUGGCUGGUAAGAACCUAAGCCAAGCUCUCUGGACUUUAGACAAAUGGAAGGAAUUUGGCGUGGAGGAUACAACUCUUGCCACUUAUGACAUCUACCUCAAUUAUCCAGUAGAUCACCGUCUUGCUUUACUCAAAAAAUCCGAUGAUGACACCGAGGUUGUUUUCGAGGCUACCUUGGAGGAAGACGUUCUUGAGGAAGAUUCUACCUCGGGCCUCCCUGACCGAGUACCCUCUUUCCAUGGGUAUUCCGCCACUGGCAAUGUCACGGCCCAGUAUGUGUAUGUCAACUUUGGCACAUACGGGGAUUUUGAAGACCUAGUGAAUGCCGGCAUUGAAUUGAAAGGCAAAAUCGCCCUAGUCAAAUAUGGCCGCAUUUUCCGUGGGCUUAAGGUGAAAAGAGCCCAGGAGCUCGGUAUGGUCGGUGUAGUCAUCUAUAGCGACCCACAAGAGGACGGUGAAAUCACCGAGGAAAAUGGUUAUGAAGCCUACCCUAAGGGACCUGCACGCAAUCCUAGUGCUAUCCAGCGGGGUAGUACCCAGUUUCUAAGCAUUCUUCCUGGCGACCCAACUACACCUGGGUAUGCCUCCAAACCCGGGGUCGAACGACAAGACCCACAUGGCUCAAUCCCAUCUAUUCCUUCUCUUCCAGUUUCUUACAAAGAGGCAUUGCCCUUCUUAAAGGCUCUGAAUGACCAUGGACCUAAGUCAUCCGACUUCAAUAAGUACUGGCAAGGUGGUGCUCUUGGUUAUAAGGGUGUCAAGUAUAACAUCGGCCCUUCUCCAAAAGACCUGGUCAUCAACCUUGACAACCAGCAGGAGUAUGUGACCACUCCAUUGUGGAAUGUCAUCGGUGUCAUUAAAGGACAUAUUCCCGACGAGGUCAUCAUCCUCGGCAACCAUCGUGAUGCAUGGAUUGCUGGAGGUGCAGGCGACCCUAACAGUGGAUCCGCAGCGCUCAACGAAGUUGUGCGUAGCUUUGGCAUGGCCUUGAAGGCUGGAUGGAAACCCCUUCGCACCAUCGUCUUUGCUAGCUGGGAUGGAGAAGAGUAUGGUCUACUUGGAUCCACCGAGUGGGUUGAAGAUAACCUGCCCUGGCUCUCAAAGGCCAAUGUUGCAUACCUCAACGUUGACGGAGCUGCAUCUGGUACCAACUUUCGCCCUUCCGCCGCGCCCCUGCUCAACAAGGUGAUCUACGAGGUGACCGGUCUUGUGCAGUCUCCAAACCAGACUGUUCCUGGCCAAACCGUUCGUGAUGUAUGGGGUGGUAAAAUCUCAACCAUAGGCAGUGGCAGUGACUUCACCGCGUUCCAGGACUUCGCAGGUAUUGCCAGUCUAGACUUCGGAUUUUCCGGCGGCGAAGGUGACCCCGUCUAUCACUAUCACUCCAACUAUGACAGCUUCUCGUGGAUGGAAAAAUACGGUGACCCUAGCUGGAGCUACCAUCUUACUUCAACUAAGCUUUGGGCAUUGGCAGCUGCACGGCUAGUAGAGUCUCCCGUGAUCGCCUUCAGCGCCUCCGACUAUGCAAAGGGACUGGCCUCUUAUCUAGACAAACUCCAAUCCUCUGUCGAUGCUCUUCCUGCGGGAACCCACUUUGACCUCACAAAGCUAAACCUUGCCAUCAUCGAUUUCUAUGAGUACGCGCAGCAAUUCGAUGAGCAUGCCGCUACUCUAUCGGAGAAACUCAAGGAGCACAUCCCAUGGUAUAAGUGGUGGCUAAAGGCCAAGCUGUUGGCGCAAGUCCGCAUCGCCAAUGAGAAAUACAAGUAUCUUGAGCGCACAUUCUUGUACGAACCUGGUCUGGAUGGCCGUGAGUGGUUCAAGCACGUUGUCUUCGCCCCUGGUAUCUGGACCGGGUAUUCCGGUACAACAUUCCCCGGACUCGUGGAAAGCCUUGACGCUGGAGAUUUGGCGAAUGCUAAGAAAUGGAACAAGAUCAUCGAGGAGCUGAUCUCAGCGGCCACUAAACUGCUCACUAUCUAA